UACUAUAGUGGAAUGACCUGACCGACGACUUGUCCCGUCGGGGAGACAUCUUGAGUUUAAAGCUAUCAAACAGAAAAUAACAUAAUACGUGCUGUAUAUUUUACGUUGCGACCAUGUGGUAUGAAAUAAUACCGGGGUUCGCAGUUAUGACUGUUUGUCUGAUGGUCCCUGGCAUUGCUACGAACUAUAUUCACAAAUUCACUAAUGGUGGCAAGGAGAAAAGAAUCGCCCGGACUCCUUAUCAGUGGCAUUUAAUGGAAAGGGACAAGCGGGUGUCUGGAACAGGACAGUAUUACCAUUCUAAGGGUCUUGAAAACAUUCACUGAAGUACGUGGACCCCCUCCACCACGAAAGGAUGUAAAGUUGUGCAGAGCAAUUGUAUAAAAUAAAGUUGUGUUAAUGUA